AUGAGAAAUGGACAUUCACCCUGCCAGUGUGAAACGAGUUUCCUGAUGUGCGAUGAUUCUCCAUCGACAUCACCGGUUUCGAAAUUAGAUACGGAAGUGAUCAUCGUUGGAAACGGACCAGCCGGGUUAUCAUUGUCAGCCUUCCUUUCGGGUUGGUUACCUUUUUACUCUCCAAAUGACGGCCCUCAUCCUAAUGAUUUUAUCCACCAGAAACUUAUUGAACAUGAAGAGGAAUCAUUACUCGAUCAGGAUUUUUCUUGGCUUGAUAAUAACAUUAAUAUGAUGAAUCAUGGAGCAAGACCGCUUUCAUUGUUGUAUGACACAUUGGUGCGUCCUAAUGCUGAUACUGGAACUCUUGGCACAUCGAAACUUUGUUGGAUAUACGAUCGUAGCCGUGCUAUUCCACAUUUAAUAGUUGCCCAAACACCAAUUGGAGGAUCUUGGAAUAAUUAUGAUGACGAUAUGUUAUCGGUCAGUGUGAGCAGUUUCCUGGAUCUUCCAGCUUUUCUUAUUGCUGAUUGGUAUGGUGGAAAUAAGUUUGAUAGUCGGCUUCCAGUACCACUUUACCGAAAAUAUCUGUCCGAUUACGCGAGAAGAGUAUACAAAAAUAAAAAUAUUAUUUGUGGUUUGAAAGUGACGCACAUAGAGAAAUGUUCAAAUAGCUGCAUGGAGGGAUUUUGGGAAGUUCGUGGCACGAAAAAUGGUGAACCGGUGUUGCUGAGAUGUAAGAAAGUUGUAUUAGCAUGUGGCAAAAAUCAGGAUCGAUUACUUGGCGUGAAAGGAGAGGUGGAAGAAGAUCGUAUUGUUUACAAUCUUCGGGAUUUAAAACGACUACUUAUUUCAUUGACUACAGCCAAGUUUUCAAAAAGGAAAGUUGUUGUAGUUGGAGAUGGGAUUAGCGCUGCGGAUACAAUAUUACAUUGUCUCAAUUCAUGCAUUCCUGUGCUUCAUGUAAUUCGUCGAUCGGAUAAGCAACUACGAUUCAUACAGUUAUCACGCCUUAGUCCAUCUCUGUAUCCAGAGUAUUCAAGAGUUUUCAAAUUAAUGAUGGGAUAUUGCGAAAAUUAUUAUUAUACCAAAGUUACUUGCGCUACCAUUGAAUCGUUGAAUAAAGGCACAGUUCGCAUCAAAACUCUUCAAGGAAUUUUUACGGAACAUUUCCGAGCUUUGUGCGUGUGUGCUGGUAAACAGUCAGACCUGAGCAUGUUAACGGACAAAUAUACAUUUCAAGAUUAUUGUUGCAAUGAAGACCCAUCGCUCUUUCGUAUUGGUUCACUUGCGGGCGACCACUUUGUGCGAUAUCUUGUUGGGGGUGCAAUGGAUGCUGCUCGGUAUCUGAUGUAA